UUCCACCGGAAAGAUGACGCUAAAAUCCAAUAAAAACGAACCUGCUGUCAUAUUGGAGCCUUUGGACUCCGCCAGGACAGCCCUCUCCGAUCUCUACCUGGAGCAGCUUCUCCAAACCAAACCAAAGACUGACAAGCAGGUGGCUAUGCAAAGCAUUGAGAGCAAAGGUGCUGAAGUUUAUACCAACGGGGGUGCUAGAUACGUGAACGGUACGGAGCUGACCAAAAUGAAAGAAGUCGUGUUUGAAAAAAAUCCCUCGGAGCCCAUGGGUGUCACUCUGAAAAUGAAUGACAAACAGAGGUGCACAGUGGCCAGAAUAUUGCACGGAGGAUUUAUACACAAACAAGGAUCCUUGCAUGAAGGUGAUGAGAUAGCAGAAAUCAAUGGAAAAAGUGUGACUAACCACACAGUUGAUCAGCUGCAAAAGAUUUUGAAAGAAACCAAUGGAGUAGUCACAAUGAAAAUAGUUUCCAACCAAAAGAGUCGCUCCAAAGCCUGUGAGACAUACAUGAGGGCCCAGUUUAACUACGACCCCUCGACGGAUGAGCUCAUCCCGUGCAAAGAGGCGGGGCUCAAAUUUCAAACCGGUGACAUCAUUCAAAUUAUCAACAAGCAGGACCCCAACUGGUGGCAGGGUACAGUCGAGAGCAGCGCGGCAAACUUCGCCGGACUGAUACCGUCGCCGGAGCUCCAAGAAUGGAGAGUGGCGAGUAAGAGCAAAACCAAAGACGCUCAGUCCUGGAGCCCAUUUGGAAAGAAAAAGAAGUGCAAAGACAAGUACCUGGCGAAGCACAGCUCGAUUUUUGACCAGUUGGAUGUCAUUUCCUACGAGGAGGUUGUCCAGCUCCCUGCUUUCAAACGGAAAACUUUGGUGCUGAUUGGUGCACCUGGUGUAGGGAGGAGUCACAUUAAAAAUUCAUUGCUGACCAAAUAUCCGGAGAAAUUUUCUUAUCCUGUCCCACACACCACCAGAUCGCAACGUAAGGAUGAGGAGAACGGCCAGGAAUAUUAUUUCAUCUCCAACGACGACAUGACCAAAUGCAUCUCCGGAAAUGCGCUGCUGGAGUACGGCAGCUUCCAGGGAAAUAUGUUUGGCACCAAAAUCGAGACCAUCCAGAAGAUCCACGAGCAGGGCAAAAUUGCUUUGCUGGAUGUAGAACCGCAGACGUUGAAGGUUUUACGGACUGCUGAUUUCGCUCCUCUUAUGGUCUUCAUCGCGCCCACCAACACAGCUUCUCAAACGGAAAACCUGACAAUGAUCCAGAAGGAGUCGGACGAAAUCCUGACAGCCUACAGACACUUCUUUGAUUUGAUCAUAGUCAAUAAUGAUGUUGACGAGAGUGUGAAAAGUGUGGAAGAGGCCUUGGAGAGGGUCACUUCUACUCCACAGUGGGUGCCUGUCUCCUGGGUGUACUGAUAAAUGUUAGACUCCAGCGUGAUCUCUUAUUUGUUUCACCUUUUUUUUCAGUGCAAUAUCACUCCUUACGCAAAACCUCUGAGUUAGUGAGGUCCCAAGUCUGAAUGGGUUUAUUUUUGGUUCAUGUUAAUUGUCAGAAACGUUUUUUUUUUUUUUUUUGCACGUGUGCAUUUUAAAAAGCAAUAUUUAGAAAGAUUUAUGAGAACUUCACCUGGAAUGUUUACUAUUUGAAAUCAGUUAGUUAGAGGUGGAUCGUUUUGGUGCCAUACGACUUUGUUAUCGUGGGUAAAUAUAAAAUAGGACCGUAACUGUGAAAGAAAUCCUCCCUUUUAAAUCCACAGGGUUUUAAUAUUGCAUCAUAACGUCAUCAUUUUCUCAACAGAACAGAACAGGACUUGAAAGCAUUGCAGUCAAAACGGUCACAUGGAAUUGUAUACAUGACCUCGUAGGCAGUUAAGAGGCCAUUUUACAAAUAUUAAAUUGAGCAGCUCGGUUGCAACUGCUUUUUUUUUUUAUCAUAUUUAAUCUACGAACAAUGAACAGGAACUUUCAGGAUACCAAAUGCUAUAAUACAUCCAUGAUCUGAGGUCUCAUGUACAGUAUCAAUGGUCACAAAAAUCAGCCAUUUUAACAAUAUUCACUCAUUCAGAAGGCAUCAUGUGUUCACUCAAAAUCUGUACUGUAUAUCAAAGUUUUUUUUUUUUUUCUAUCUGCUUCAAUAUUACCUAAUAAUUGAUAUAGUUAAUGUGCAAUGUCCAGUAAUUUCAUGAUCAAUUUCGUUUUGCGUCAGUAUGUUUUCUAUUGCAGUUGUGGGCUACUGUUGUGGGAAUUUGGCAUCUUAUGUAAUGUAUUUAACAUUCAUUUGUUGGAUGAUUAUUCAUGACAAGCUGGGACCAGUAAUAAGUCAAAUCUUCAAAUCCAGACUUUGGCCUCCCUGUGUGGAGUUUGCACAUUCUCCCUGGAGGUUUCUCCACAGGCUUCCUCCAACAUGCAUGGUUGAAUCACUCUUUUACUGUCAUGUUAAUGCCCUUAAGGUUUCUGUAAUUAGACAAAACAUCCAAUUUUCCUUACUGCAAAUUCAAACUGCAGUAACGAGUAUUAAAUUAAAGCUUGUCUGACUGUGUCAUUAAAAGCCGUGUAUUAUCCCAA